GCGGGAGAUGAUUAAAAAAUUCGACAAGAAGGACGAAGAGUCUGGUAGUGGCUCUAACCCUUUUCAACAUCUAGAAAAGAGUGCUGUUUUGCAGGAGGCUCGCAUCUUCAAUGAGACUCCUAUCAAUCCAAGACGAUGCCUACAUAUUCUGACAAAGAUCCUUUAUUUAUUGAACCAGGGUGAACACUUUGGAACUACUGAAGCCACUGAAGCCUUCUUUGCAAUGACGAGAUUGUUUCAGUCUAAUGAUCAAACGCUGAGAAGAAUGUGCUACCUCACCAUCAAAGAAAUGGCCAAUAUCUCUGAGGAUGUGAUUAUUGUCACAAGCAGUCUGACGAAAGACAUGACUGGAAAGGAGGAUGUGUACCGAGGCCCAGCCAUCAGGGCUCUCUGCAGAAUCACUGAUGGAACAAUGUUGCAGGCCAUUGAAAGAUACAUGAAGCAAGCCAUUGUGGAUAAAGUCCCAAGUGUGUCCAGUUCAGCAUUGGUGUCUUCUUUGCACAUGAUGAAGAUAAGCUAUGAUGUGGUGAAACGAUGGAUUAAUGAAGCCCAAGAAGCUGCUUCAAGUGAUAAUAUCAUGGUGCAGUAUCAUGCCUUAGGGGUCCUGUACCAUCUCAGGAAGAAUGAUCGCCUUGCUGUUUCCAAGAUGUUGAAUAAAUUCACCAAAUCUGGGCUGAAAUCCCAAUUUGCUUACUGCAUGCUGAUUCGAAUUGCCAGUCGCUUGCUGAAGGAAACUGAAGAGAGCCAUGAAAGUCCACUGUUUGAUUUCAUUGAAAGCUGCUUACGAAACAAACAUGAAAUGGUUAUCUAUGAAGCUGCAUCAGCAAUUAUCCAUCUCCCCAAUUGUACUGCAAGGGAGCUGGCACCAGCUGUUUCAGUUCUCCAGCUCUUUUGCAGUUCUCCUAAGCCAGCCUUGAGAUAUGCAGCUGUGAGGACCUUGAACAAGGUGGCCAUGAAACACCCUUCUGCAGUGACAGCCUGCAACCUGGAUUUAGAAAAUUUGAUCACAGACUCGAACCGCAGUAUUGCCACCCUGGCCAUUACCACACUCCUAAAAACAGGAAGUGAGAGUAGUGUAGACAGACUCAUGAAGCAGAUUUCAUCUUUUGUGUCUGAGAUCUCCGACGAGUUCAAGGUGGUAGUGGUCCAAGCUAUCAGCGCUCUCUGCCAGAAGUACCCUCGGAAGCACAGUGUCAUGAUGACUUUUCUCUCCAAUAUGCUACGAGAUGAUGGAGGCUUUGAGUAUAAGCGAGCCAUUGUAGACUGCAUAAUCAGUAUUGUGGAAGAGAAUCCUGAGAGUAAAGAGUCAGGUCUGGCUCACCUCUGCGAGUUCAUUGAAGAUUGUGAACACACUGUGUUGGCCACCAAGAUCCUCCACUUAUUGGGGAAAGAAGGGCCCCGGACACCAGUCCCCUCCAAAUACAUUCGUUUCAUUUUCAAUAGAGUAGUCCUGGAGAAUGAGGCUGUCCGGGCUGCUGCUGUCAGUGCUUUGGCCAAAUUUGGAGCUCAGAAUGAAAACCUUCUCCCAAGCAUCCUUGUACUUCUACAGAGGUGUAUGAUGGAUACUGAUGACGAGGUGCGGGACCGAGCCACCUUCUAUCUGAAUGUGUUGCAGCAGAAGCAGAUGGCACUGAAUGCUGCAUACAUCUUCAAUGGUCUCAUGGUCUCAAUACCAGGAAUGGAAAAAGCCUUGCACCAGUACACAUUGGCGCCCUCAGAGAAGCCCUUUGACCUGAAGUCCGUCCCUCUUGCCACAGCCCCUGUCUUUGAACAGAAAGCAGAAAUCACGCUUGUGACCAGCAAGCCAGAGAAGUUGGCUCCUUCCAGACAAGACAUAUUUCAAGAACAAUUGGCUGCCAUUCCUGAAUUUAAGAACAUAGGGCCUUUAUUCAAGUCAUCUGAGCCUGUGCAACUCACAGAAGCAGAGACAGAAUAUUUUGUCCGCUGUGUCAAGCACAUGUUCAAUAAUCAUAUUGUAUUCCAGUUUGACUGUACCAACACCCUCAAUGACCAGCUCCUAGAGAAAGUGACAGUGCAGAUGGAGCCUUCCGAUGCCUAUGACGUGCUCUGCUGCAUCCCUGCCCCCAGCCUCACCUAUAACCAGCCAGGCAUAUGUUACACUCUUGUUCGUCUACCUGAUGAUGACCCGACUGCAGUUGCUUGCACUUUUAGCUGCACGAUGAAGUUUACAGUUCGGGACUGUGACCCUAACACUGGUAUUCCAGAUGAGGAUGGAUAUGAUGAUGAGUAUGUGCUGGAAGAUCUGGAGGUGUCUAUGUCUGAUCACAUCCAAAAGGUGCUCAAGCCCAACUUUGCUGUAGCCUGGGAGGAGGUUGGAGACAACUUUGAAAAGGAAGAGACUUUUGCCCUCAGCACUACCAAAACCCUUGAAGAAGCUGUUAACAACAUCGUUACAUUUCUGGGCAUGCAGCCAUGUGAGAGGUCAGACAAAGUACCUGAAAACAAAAAUUCCCACACACUCUAUUUGUCAGGUGUGUACAGAGGUGGCUAUGAUUUAUUGGUGAGGUCUAGAUUGGCCUUAGGAGAUGGAGUGACCAUGCAGGUGACUGUGAGAAGCAAAGAGGAAACACCUGUUGAUGUCAUCUUAGCUUCAGUUGGAUAAAUUUUUACCUGAGCUGGAUAAUGAUACAUCACCCCUUCAGUCAGUUGGCUUUUUUCAUGGUUUUGGAAAAGUAAAAAUGUCUAGCCAGA